CGUUGUACUAGCUCUUGCAUUAACAUCAGCAAGAACUGUUGUAGCAUCGCCAUUGUCAGAAAAACAUGUCAAAUGCAAAACGGGAGUAUUGUGACGAAUUGGUCGUGCUUCGUGAAUGUUCACUGCGUGAAAGGAACUGGCACCAGAGCGAUAAGAGAAGAUACCUUCGCUGAUUCGAAUUGAUUAAUCUCUGAAAUAGAAUUAUUUUGUUGAACACCAGAGAUUUAUUAUUGUCAAGAUGGCGGUAGUACGCAGCAGAGGCGGUGGCAAUAACGCGGACGUUACAAAGCCAACAAAGAAUUGGCCCCGUGGAGGCCAUGCAGCGGCACCCCGUGAUGGUGUACGUGCACGGAGAGUCCUUCGAGUGGAACUCCGGCAACCCUUACGACGGCAGCGUCCUGGCCAGCUACGCCGACCUCGUCGUCGUCACGCUCAACUACCGCCUCGGCAUCCUGGGGUUCCUGAACGCGAAUCUGGCGCCGCACUUAAAGGCGCGAGUGGCGAACUACGGCCUGAUGGACCAGAUCGCGGCGUUGCACUGGGUGCAGCAGAACAUCGCACACUUUGGCGGCGACCCCUCCAACGUGACGCUCUUCGGCCACGGGACCGGCGCCGCCUGCAUCAACUUCCUCAUGACGUCGCCCACCGUAAUGCCAGGGCUGUUCCACCGGGCGGUGCUGCUGUCCGGGUCUGCGCUGAGCAGCUGGGCGCUCGUCGAGGACCCGGUCAGCUUCGCCGUGCGCCUGGCUCGCCAGACCAACUGCUCCGUGCCCGCCGACCUCUUCCGCGACCACGAGAGGGUCGUCGACUGCCUCAGGGAGGUGCCGCUGGAGGAACUGCUGCGCGCGGACGUGUCGCCGCCGGCCUACCUGAGCGCCUUCGGGCCCAGCGUCGACGGCGUCGUCAUUCGGUCCGACCUGCCCCGCGAGCUGCUGUCGCGGUUCGGGCCUGGGGACCCCAUGGCCCCCGGCGGGCCGUAUGCGGGUGGCGGGCCCGCCUCGCAGCAAUCCGCCUUCGCGCCGGCGGCGGGUAACGGCGGCGCGAGCGGAGGAGGAAACGUCAAGCGCAGUGGAGACGCCACGCUGGCCGCGAUGGGCAGCAGUUGGAGCGGAGCCACGAGGUACGACGUGCUCUUCGGCGUGGUGACGAGCGAGGCACUGUGGAGGUUCUCCGCCGCCGACGUGACGGCGGGCUUUGAGGGCGAGCGCCGCGACAAGAUCCUGCGGACGUACGUGCGCAACGCGUACACGUACCACCUGUCGGAGAUCCUGGUGACGGUGGUGAACGAGUACACCGACUGGGAGCGCACCGUGCAGCACCCCAUCAACACGCGGGACGCCACCGUCGCGGCGCUGAGCGACGCGCAGUUCGUGGCGCCGCUCGUGCAGGCGGGAGACCUCAUCAGCUACCGCAGUGUCGCCUCGCCCGGCCAGGCGGGCCAGAACAAGGCCUUCUUCUACGUCUUCGACUACCAGACCAAGGACGGCGACUACCCGCAGAGGAUGGGCACGGUACACGGGGAGGAGCUGCCGUACAUUUUUGGAGCGCCGCUCGUCGACGGCUUCAACCACUUCCCGCGCAACUACACCAAGUCUGAGGUGGGCCUGUCGGAGGCCGUCAUCGUCUACCUCAGCAACUUCGCCAGAACCGGGAAUCCGAACGAGCAUCAGAAGCAGGAGCCGGUUUUGGCGGGCUCCAAAGAGCGGAAUCGUUUCCGAAGCAUCGUCUGGGACGAGUACGACGCCGUGCAUCAGAAGUACCUGGAAAUCAGUAUGAAACCGCGCAUGAAGAACCACUUCCGCGCGCACCAGCUGUCGGUGUGGCUGCGUCUGAUCCCGGAGCUGCACCGCGCCGGCAUGGAGGACGUGGUGGCGCGCCACAACCUGUUCCGCAACCACAACGACGUCGAUCUGUACGACGGACCCGUGCGCCCGGACCCGCUGUCGCGCGCCUACGGCUCCUACGACACCAUCGUGGCCGCCGCCGACGGCCGGGCUCGCAACGGCUCCAGUCUCGAGGUGUCUGUCACGACGAUGGACACUCUGAUGACGACGUGCGUGACAGUGGUGGGGGGCGCUGGUGGCGGCAGCUACCAGCAGCAGCAACAGGCGACCCACCACCUGCAGCAGGGCAACUCGACCGGAGACACGCUGGCCAGCCUGGAAGCGGCCGGUUACGCCGCCUACUCGACCGCGCUCAGCGUCACCAUCGCCAUCGGCUGCUCGCUGCUCAUCCUCAACGUGCUCAUCUUCGCCGGCGUCUACUACCAGCGCGACAAGACGCGCCUUGAGGUGAAGUCGCUGCAGCAGCAGCAACAGCAGCAGCAGCAACAGCAGCAGGCGCAGUCGCCGGGCGGUCAGCUGGGGCGCGUGCCCUCGGCGGGCAGCUUCGACACGCUGUCGGGGAAGCACCGCGCGCAGGGCCACUACCACGUCGGUCACUCGGGCAGCUCGAGCGUCGUGGUGGACGUGGAGCAGGACACGGCCGCCAUGAUGCUGGCGCAGAGCAUGCCGCUGGCCACGUCGCCGUCCCACCACACGCUCACCAAGCAGCACCUGUCGGCGCCCGCGCCCAACGUGCUGCCCAACUUGCUCAAGGCGCCGCCGCCCUCGCCCAACGUCGCCCAGCAGCAGCAACAACAGCAGCAGCAACAGCAACAACAACAGCAGCAGCAGCCGGGCGCGCAGCCGCUGCCGCCCAUGCACCAGCAGCAGAUGCAGCCGCAGCAACAGGGCGGCCAACAUAUCACGCAAAUGGGCAAUAACGUGGCGCCGCUGCCCACCGGCGAGUCGGUGUCGUCGGCGUCGCCGCCCAACGGGUCUGCGACGAUGCACCUGUCGGUGCCGCGGCCGCCGCCGCCCCCGCGCAGCAAGAGUCCGCCUGAGGCGCAGCCGCUGCUGGCGGCGCCGCACCACCACCACCACCCGCACCAACACCACCCGCACCACCACCCACAGCCCGCGCUGCGCGUGCCCGCCGCCGCCAUCGACGAGAUGCGCGUCUGAUGCCGGCUCGACACGGCCGUCUGACGCGGGCCCCCGCACCAAGCGCCGCCGCCCGCGGGCCGCCGCUGCCUGCUCGUCGCCGCCCCGUCGGACCGCCUACCGGUGCAGGGCUGACUGGCCUAACACUACCCACUGUGUGCGUGCAUCUGGCGUGUGCCGUCGCUCAGUCCAAAGCAUUACGAUCGCACUUAACAUUUACAUUGUGCAUCGUGGGGCGUAUGAGGACCUUUCCACUACCCCAUUAUUUUUCUCUCUAUGAAUGAUGGAUGCAUUGCUCUUUUUGGGGCUCCAAGGUUCCUCCGUUUUUCACGUCAUAUCUGCAACGCUGCAGAGGCUUAGACGGAAUGAUUAAGAUACAAAAUUCGUUUCCAUUACGUAUUAGAACUAAUCUCCCAGGCUUUCGAUCGUAGGAUUCCAUACUGAAAUGAGACUAAAUUUCUAGCAAAAUAACACUGUGGUGAAUCGUAAGUAUUCAGCAGUGUUAUAACAACUAUUCGAUGAAACUGCGUGGACAACAUGCUACAAACCGAUCGUUUGGCAUCCUCAACCAAAGACGCCACUUCAGAAAUGCGGCAGAUGUAGGGUUAUCAUAGAGGUUGUAGCUUGAAGUAGAUCUUCGGUUGUCUUCGCAAGGCGCAAUGUACCGCAUUCUAUUCAUUCCGCUACACAAAACACAGUGCCGAGAAUCUAGCGUAGAUACUUCGCUGACCACUCAACUACAGGGGCAGACAUUCGGUAGUAAGGAUUUUACGUACCUCAGUGUAAGUACAUGUUAUAUAACCUGACACCAUCUUAUAUUUCAGGCUGCUUCUCUUUUUAAUUAACACUGCCAUGUAGUUGGCGAAUUAUUCAGAAAGAUGGUUUUUAUGUUCUCGUUUGAAACUGAGCAACUCCCCAGUUGCGUCUGGUACUACACAUUUGUUUUGGACUAAGUGCAAUGUACUUUCUCUUUGCAUUCUUUUAUGUUAUUUUUGUGUUUUACAUAAUUUCACCGUUUGAAGUUGAGACCCUUAGAAGCCAAGGGGUAUAAGUAACAAUAUUUUAGUUUUGUGUAAAUUAUGUUCGAAGUUGAGACAUUCCAGAAAAUUCCAUGAACAGCUUAAGGAAAAAGUAAUUAUUUGCUCACUUUCGAAGAUGUACUGCCUAUCUUUUCCAGAAUUUUGUCAGUAAUUUCUUUAUUACUAAUUCAGAAUCAUGAAUCAUAGUGACAUUAAUAUGAGCACUUUAAUGGCAGGCAGUAACUAGUUAGUUGAGUUGAACAUGACUCAAAGUCCGUUCAUCUUCUGAAUAACAAUCAAAUUUUUCAUGAUUACAAUUAAGUGGCUUCAGUGUCCUUCCAGAUUCACGGUGUGGAAGUUUCUGAUAAAAUUCAUCUCGUGCUGGUGGCACAAAGGGAAGUAGAGUAUGUAGGUCUCUGUACUUCAGAUAUUUUAACUUAAGUGUUCAAUUAUUGAUUUCUGGAGCACGGAAGGCACUGAUAUUUCUGCCGCCAUUAUGUGCUUUCUGUUGCUAACAUUUUGAAAAUUUUCUAGCUCUUCACUGAGAGACUCUUUGUAAAACAACACGAAGGAUGACUUCUGUAGAAAAUGCGGCCACUGCAUUUUCCUCAAGCCUUUCACUGCUUUCACUGAGGUACUGGGAUAAUCACUGAAUCCAUUCCACGUAAUGAAAUCAUUGUCAGUGACUUGGACUACCUUGAGUUUCCUUCUGGCCUUGGAACUGAGCAGUGCCCACUCAUCAGGUACAAGAUUCCAAGGAUUUUCCUGGUACCAUUCUCAAUAAUUCCAAAAUCUUGGUCGCAUUCCAUGCACGAAUGACAAGAUGUCAUUAAUUUGUGAGCUACAGUUUCAGUGUGUGCAUUCUGGAUAAGUUAAUACGAGAACUUUACAAUUUAUGUAGUUUCAUUUCGAUCCCCAGAUUUGUCAAUUAAAGUUUUGAUGUGUUUAACUGGUGUGGGCAAUUUCGUUAUAUAGUGUAAAAGACAGGAACCAGUAUCUUGGAACCAAAGAGCAGCUUUACUCUCCUACCAAACAGAGAUUGCUGCAAGCCCAGAGACAGCACCUAGUGUACAAAAAUUCUGGUUCUAGAGUUUUCUUGCAUAAUACGCUCUGUUGCAAGAAAACAUAGGUGUUACGAACAUCCUCUGACAAAACAUAUUGCUACUUCCCAACUGUAAUAGUCGGAACAAUUUUUGCCCUGUGUUUUUCCUCUGUAGCUGCCUGUCCUUAUGCAAAUGUAAUUCCCUUUCAGGCGUCAGGGUCUGAACAUUUUUGGGUGUCCAUGAGCCAUCAAAUUUUUCAAACUCACACGUUACACAUGUAUUAGUAUAAGGGGUGUGGAAACCCAGAUUGAAGGCUCUAUUAAACACAAAUCUAUAGAAACUCUCUGUAACAGAUGGUACAGUAUUUUAUGCACAAAACUCUAUAAAGAGUUCACACAUUUGCCACAGAUGUGCACUUUGUUUUAAUAGUUUAAAAUCAUCUAUAACAUCAAACAAUUGUGUAGAAAAUAAAAUGAUAGCAAUAAAUCAUGUAGAACCAAUUACGAAGAACUAGUAUAAUAAUUUUAAAUUAAAUAGCGUCUGUUGAAGAUUCAGCCAGGAAAACAAAGGGCUGUUUGAAAUCAUCAAGAGAUAUAAAUGCACUUAUACCCUUCGCCUUCCAAAGGGAAUGUGAUUGUGUCUUACCAGUUUUCUGUUCAGUCACUAAAUGGCAACACCAGACUGAUUGUUACAUGUAUCUCUUCAUCACAUAGAUAAGUGUCUGUUCUAACUACUGAAAUCUACACUUAACUCUGAAAUUAAAAAUUUGUCGCCUAUACCCUUGACUUCUAAAUGUCUCAAUUCAUCUUGGCAGAUAAUUCAUGAAUUUACGUGUCGAAACUUUGUUGUCACUGUACUCUUUUGUCCCAUUCUGGAGUACUUUGUUUAUCGUUCUCAGACGUCAUUCGUCAGCAAUGCAGGCAGUAUUAACUCGAAGAGCCUAGGUUUAUUUAACUAGGCUACGGUUCUCCACGCACCUCUUCCCUCAUAAAAUUCAACUGUGAGCACGGUAUGCAAGUUCAUUCUUUCAGUGAUUCUGGAAAUGUCAGAUUUGUGCAGAGUGCGUUAGCAGUGACUAUUUCGUGCGUCUGCUCCACAUAGUUUCUUAUAGCAUCACAAGCAGAUCUACAAUAUCGCUUGAGCUCUAAGAAUUAUUGUUAAUUUACUUUCACUGUGUUUCAUAGACCCCAUCAUUAUUUUUUGUACAGUGUAGGAUGGCCUACGCUGAAUUCCCCAACAAGUGAUAAACCAGACACUUCAGGGUGCUCUAUAGUUACAUACAACAGAUAGUAGAAAAACAUUAUUUGCCACCUAAAAUUAUUUUUUAUAAUAUUAUGAAGAUGAAGUCAUAUACAAUUACGCUGCCUUGAGUGGCUGAUUCAGUCACAAAGUUUAAAUGUAGCUUCGCGAUGUGUGUAAAUGACUUGCUACUUCUUUAUGAAUCCGCAAUAACGAACGCUUCAGCAACACUAUUAUAAUAUCUUCUGGUAAACCUUCCGGGAUGAAAGGUCGUGGUCCAUGAAACUCUUCAUCUCCUAACGUUUCGUCCAGAGCUGCGCUGGACAUCUUCAGAUGGGUGUUUCUCCUCCCGUGAGUCUCGCCGACUGACGGGUCGGACGUCUGAGAGCGACUUAAAUAUCGUAGAAAGUGGGCGUGGCCAGAGUUACACGUGAUAUGCAGAGAUAAUCUUUGUCAGAGAUAAAACUUACCUAUCGAUCGUAAUCUCGUCACAGAUAAAACUGUCUUGCAAUUCUGUAGUGCUACUGUCCAAAUAUCACUAAGUUUCAUGGUCUCUUCUUUCCGAUUAAAAUUAUCCCUAUGUUUAUAUAUUUCAAUUGCUUCUCUACAAAGCCGUGGGUAAUAGUUCGUCGUUGUAGAUAAAAUUUUGGUUUCGGAAAACUUCACUUGAUGAUUUCCUGACUGAAAAGCGUGUUCUGCUACAGCCGAUUUGUCUGUUUUCCGUAAUCGGCAAAGACUUCUGUGUUCUUUUAACCGUGUAUUUACGCUUCUCUUCGUUGUUCCAAUAUAAACUUUACCACAUGUACACGGAAUUAUAUAUAUGCCACUGGCUGAUAGAGGAGCGCGUUUAUCUUUUACAGACCGGAGAACAUGACAAAUUUUCUUCGUUGGUAUAAAAACAGGUCUAAUAUCAUGUUCACUUAAAAUCUUUCCAAUCUGAUCCGUUACUUUCUUUAUAAAAGGAGAAAGACUGUAUUCUUCCAUCGUUUUUCAGGCAUUUCCUCAGGCUUUCUGUUGUUUGGGUGCAGAAUUCUGCUUACUUCUUUCUUUGAGUAGCCAUUUUUCUCAAAAGCGUGCUUCAGAUGUUUUAAUUCGGCGUCUAGAUACUCCGGCGUGCAAAUCCGUCUGGCUCUGUCAACGAGACUUUUAAUCACACCUCUCUUUUGUUGUGGAUGGUGGUUAGAGUUUUUAUGUAUCUGUGUGUAUGCGUUAUUUUUCUAAAAAUCUGCUGUUUCAAUCUUCCAUCUGUCUGUCCCAUAACUAAAACAUCCAAAAAAACGGUAUUUUGUCAUUUUCUCUCUCCAUGGUAAACUGAAUUCUUGGAUUUAUAUGAUUAAGGUAAUCAAAAAAUUCGUCUAAGGCUUCUCUACCAUGUGACCAGACCACAAAUGUAUCGUCUACAUACCGAUACCAGCGAGAUGGUUUCUUAUCUGCUUUUUCCAAAGCUGACUGUUCGAAUUUCUCCAUGUAGAAAUUAGCUACUGCAGGACCGAAUAGGUUACCCAUUGCUACGCCAUUACGUUGCUCAUACAAUUCAUUAUUCCACUGGAACUGACUGGAAGUAAGACAAUGUCUGAAAAGAGCAGUAAGAUCUUCUGGAAAAAUAUUCGUUAUAAAAUCCAUAACUUCGUUAACUGGAAUCAUAGUAAAUAAAGAUACUACAUCAAAAAUUACUAAAAUAUCACCGUAGGAGAAACACCCCUCUGAAGAUGUCCAGCGCAGCUCUGGACGAAACGUUAGGAGCUGAAGAGUUUCAUGGACCACGACCUUUCAUCCUGGAAGGUUUACCAGAAGGUAAAGGUCGUGAAAGCCUUCAUACUAUGAACACUAUUAACAGUCACAACAUCGUUUUACAUUACAUUUUAUUUGUAAUAAUCUCCCAGUCUAUUGUUGAAUUUAAUUCGUAUUCAUCCUUUUGACUACCAUCAUACUUGGAUAAUUGGCGUGUUUUAAAUCCACGUUCGUUUCUGACGUGUUGGUAUGCGUUUCACCCCUACUUGUAGUUGUAAUGCGAUUUAAAACUCAUCAAAAAUGUGGAGAAGUGUUAAAAAUUCUGAAGAGAGCCAUGUAAGAUGAAAGACUUUAUAAAGUGACAUACGUUGACAGAAGUAUUAAUGAACGGUUACUUUUAACCUACAUGAAGCCACAAAAUAAUAGGAAAGCAGCUGUACUAGAAGUACUUGCGUCACUCGGUGCCAUGUUGCUUCUUCACUUUAUAAUAAACUGGUGCGUUAGAUUUUAUGAAAACCAUAAAUUCUAGAAGAGAGAUUCUAGAUCGUUGUAGAAUAUAUGGUUUUGGUUUCAGAACCCCCUAAUAAUAUCGAUUUCUUAACUGUCAGUUUAUCGUUUUACCGAAUAAGGACAAACAAGAGGACAGAAAAGGAUAUUUCGUUUCGUUGUCGGUGCAUAUCCUAAAACGCAUUCUUUUGAUUUCUUCUAGUGCUUGGAGUGGUCAGUGAGACCCAUUAUGCCGGGCUCGGGUAGCCUAUGAAGGGACCGGUCUUCAUUAAAACCAUCGCCCUGGCCGUGUGAAUUCAGUGGCAGUGUUGGCUCCGGUCGCCGUACUGUGCUCGCGGAAAGAUUGUUUACUUCGUAAUGGUGGAGCACACAUUGUUUCCAGGCGGGGAAACAGCUGCGGUCCAAAUGUAUUGGCCAUCAGGUGCACCUGCCGCCCCCGCAGUGGACUGCGCACAGUAAAUACACUGCCUCGGCCCUUCCCCAGGGCUCGGCAAAAACAAGGCCGUUGCGCUCUGCGGCAGCUUGAAUGGUACUCAAACCCAGUGCUAGAAUGGGACCUUUCCGAGUGCCCUUUAUGUUCGUCCCAUAUUCCCACCAGCGCGCAACUUUUAAGUCAUGCCCGUACAAAACUUCCUGUCCAUUAACUUGUAUAUUACAUAGAAAACGAACGCCUGCAUGGUAAUUUAUAUGAUGGUCAGGAAUCUCUGUAGAUCUCGUAGCAAAUUAUGUGUGAAUAAGUAAAUAAGUUUCGUUAUACUACAGAACACUGAUGAUGCCUAGCAUAAGCAAAACGUGUUUGGUUUGAAACAAAAUAAACAUUGAGUUGCAAAAGAGGGAAUUUUUUUUAUCGGAGUAAAAUACUGAAUGUUAAAAUAAUUGUCGUAUUUGUUUUAUGCCACCCACAAUGAGCACUAAAGUGGCGAAGUGCAGUCCCCAUACAUAAAACAACUUGACACCGCAGCGCUAAGUGUUCUACACACAGCCUGAAGUGCAAGUUACAAACAGACGCGACAGAAUGCCGCCAUUGGCUUAUGUAUCACGAGGUACACUUCCCCUUGCUACUGAACGCGUCUCAAUGCUUUUAAUGUGCGCACCACUAUAAGGAAGUGAACUCCAGUUGCCACUUGGAUUCAAGUUAUCUGUGCUUCUCUUUGAUAAAUUAGUGUGAAUGGCAGGAUUGUUGUUUGUAAAGGGACGAGGCCGGCGUACUUCCCCAUCUGCGCUUCAGCUCCAUCUACAAUGAUCACGUCGUCGACGGGACGUUAAAGCCUAAUUUUCUUCCCCUUUACGUCAAAGUAAGACUAAUUUGUUUCUUUCUGGGAGCGAAAAUUGAAGGAGAAAUGUUAAUUAUUUCUUUUAAUGUAACGAUUACGGCUAUUGCGGAGCACUUUAAGCUUUAAUCGGAUGACAGUAGGAAGUUGGAAAUCAUUGCUUUACGAGGCACGCAAGCACUGAUAGAAUAUUCCGGUUAAUGCUAGUUCAACUUUGCUAGUUCAACCGAGGUGUUCGAAAGAUUUUGGCGUUCAUCUGUUAAUGGACUUUUGCUGUGUAGUGUCUCAAUUUCAGAUACCUUUCCAGAUGUAUAUUAAAGCCGGUCAUGUAUACAAUUGAUAUCAGCCUUUCAAAGAAUCGGUAGCUCUUAAUAGGGGAAUCUAACAUAUCAUAGAUGUGCGUUCACUUUGUACAGUCUUGAAAAUAGCACAUCGCUGUGCAGUCCACGGAUAAAACGGCGACUGACUGCCAAAAGCUGUUAUAUGAAGGCUAAUUUGUACAGCUUUCUCUGUUGUCUGCUAUAAUCUAUCAGUAAGGCCAAAAAAUGUCGUAACCUUUAACUCGUCAGUGUAAAAUUACUACAUAGUUUGGUUCCUAAUAUUAAAAUAUUAGUCUAUUCCUACCCAUCUGAUUCCCCUUUGCUCGUGGUCUUCAGUUACUAGCUAAAUAUAAAAUAAAAUAAAAUAAAAUUUGUAUGUUUCGACAAACGGUAUUUACACUGGAUUAUUUUGUACAUUAAGGACAUCAAUAUGGUGCUUCGUAAGUUAAACACAUUGCCAUUGGCCUGUGUCAUUGUCUUUGACCGUUUGUAAAUAGUUAGCAGUAAUACAAGUUGUGGGUCGGCAAUGGUGUUUAAAAUGUUCUUUGUGAAAGUUCUUGUAGUCUUUAAAUUGGAAAUCUCUUUAAGAGCUUUUUUACUGAAUACCACGAACGGAGCUAGCUGAUUUUAAGUAUGUUGUAACAAAACGACGCAUAACAUCGGCUGCGUCAAAAAAUUUAGACGGUUUUUCAUGGAAAAAUUCCGUGAACUCCCCAUUUCUGUAAAUGAAAUUCGUUGUAACAUGUGCAACAUUUCAUUUGCAUUUAUCAAGGAAAAGAUCGAGACUAACAACAGAGGUCUUUUGCCUCGAGUAAGUAUUAGCAUAGUAGCUUAAUUUAUUAUCCCGGUCUAGUCUGUGUGCGUAGCAAUCUUGGUUGCAGAUACCUCUGUCAGUAGCAGGUGACGUGAAAUUCGCAUGAAUCGGGUCCCGCUAUGUUUUUCAGUUUCUCUCCCAAGUUGCGGCUGUUGCACAGCUGUACGAGUGUGCAUUUCGUAUCAUUAACACUGUGAUUCCUCUCUGCUGGUUUCGGUUCCCUUUCCUUGUUCUCUUCAGUGUCCAAUACGAUUAACCAUAAAGGUGUAAGUAAAGAAUGUUCCUGUGGUUGAAUAGGCAAAAAGACAAUCUAUACUAAUGAAAUAUUUUUGACAAUGUGAUUACUCUAGGGAUACGGAAAGACUUACAUACUUGUUACAUUGACAGUUUACAAGUCAGCCUUAUUCCUUCCAUUCAGAGUGCAAUUGUUUCGCGCAGACAUAAGCGCGCAGGAAUCUAAAAUAAGUUUCUUUCUAUUUCAGAGUUAAUCAAAUGUUCAAUCAUAAUUAGAUGUAAUAUAAUUCGUGUAAAUAACUAUUUAUUCAUACUGAAGGAAAAAAGAAGAGAUUGAACUCAGAUUUGUAUGUUCACUGUGUUACCAGUUUAAGGUACCAGUUUACUUACAUGUAGCAUCGAAUAGUAUAUUUACUUGUGCUGUCGUAUUUAUUUGUUGCGUUAUGGAGUAACUUCAGUUUUGACGGUAAUUACUUUCGGAGUUUUUCAAGCAUAUUUCUUUGGUCUGACCGCGUGGAGAAGUGUGUGCCAAAUUGUGGCGUUAACUAUGAACACAUACAUUUUACUGUGCAUUCAAGGACUAUAUCACGAUAAUCAGCGUGUUCAAGAGAAAACUAUAUUGCACUAUCAUACUACUGUACUACCGUUGUGAAACAUUCGAAUGGUUGAGUGAGUGAAUGAAUUGCGCAUGCGAUGAUAUUCGAAACAAACAAUGUGUCGUUUGGAUAACGAUUGUGCAGGAGGUAAUUCGAUGACAUACGGAAUAGUGCUACACUCACUUUUUCUAAUUAUUUCUGGGUAGAGAAGUGUUAACGGAAAUGUUUGUUUUCGAGUUUGUUGUCCUUGAAAGCUUGAAUGAACAGUAUUACUUCAUGAAUACUACGACGAGAGCUGAAAUGAAUACUAAUUAUUUUUAAAAGACGUGUUCUCUCUAAACAUCAAAUUUAACAUAUACUGUAGUAAUUGAGUGUUCAUUAUUAUUGAUAUAUAAACAAGUUUCUCAGGAGGAGACGGGAGACUUCCCGCCUAUAAAAAUUGGCGGCGAAAGAGUAGAAUGUUGAAUUUCCUGUUGUUGUAUGGAAGGGUGAAUCUUUGAGAAAUAUAACCAUCUUUGCA